UUUUUCAGGAAAUUUUUUUAGUUUUGCCCAGACGUUUACAACUUUAGUUAUUUUUACAUAUUUUGAAGUAUCUUUUGGAUAUCUAAUGGAAGGAACUUCUCCAAGUAAAAUUGACGAAUCCGUUAAUAAGGGCUCCACUUCUGGAAUUGAGGCGACGCCUGAAUUUGACCCAGAUUUGACCUUGGCCCAACAAAUUGCGGAGAAUGAAAGGCAAAUGUAUGAGCGUUCACAACAAAUGAUGACUGAAAUUGAGGAUGAGGUUCGUAAGACUCAACCGCUCGUUUCCGACAAACAGGAAAUUAUAAGUUUGGUUGCUGAAUUCGAUCCUGAUGACAGUCCUCAAUAUUUUAAGAAGGCGACGGAGCUCGCUGAAGUCUAUUCUCAUAUUCGUCGGAUUCGUGGUGAUGGAAAUUGCUUCUACAGGGCUGUGCUUACUGCACUUUUGGAGCGAUGCUUUGACCACGCUGAUGAAUUGAAUCGAUUUAAUGAACAAGUCAAAGAAUGGCGCCAACGAUUAGUUAAGCUUGAAUCUUUUCCUGAUUUGACUACUGGCGACUUUUGCACUUCUAUGGAACAAUUAAUGACUUCAAUGAUCGACGGAACAAUGCAACCACAAAUUUUGAUGGAUGACUUGAAUCAAGAUGGUGUUGCUAAUUAUUAUGUGGCAUUUUGUCGCUUUAUUUGUUCUGGCUAUUUGCGUGAGAAUGAGGCUCUUUAUUCUGGAUUUGUUGAAGGAAGUCGAACGAUUGACCAGUUCUGUCGUGAAGAGGUUGAACCGAUGUGGAAGGACUGUGAUCACCUCUGCAUAAUUGCUCUAGUCAAUGCGAUUGGGGUCUCAAUCCGUAUUGAAUAUAUGGACAGAAGUCAGGCGCCAAGUGGCGGUUGGCGACAUGAUUUUAUUGUUGAUGGAAAUGAGGAACCAAAAUUGUUUUUCCUUUAUCGUCCAGGACAUUAUGACAUUCUUUAUCUUAGCGAUUCGACAACACCUACAGAUAUUGCUUAG